ACUGUUUCUGGUAUGUCAGAUAUGGAUUAUCCUUUGCAAGGACCAGGUUUGCUUUCAAUACCUAAUCUUCCAGAGAUCAGCUCAGUCCGCAGGGUCCCGCUUCCCCCAGAGCUCGUGGAGCAGUUUGGACAUAUGCAGUGCAAUUGUAUGAUGGGAGUAUUUCCAGAAAUCAGCAGAGCUUGGUUGACCAUUGACAGUGACAUUUUUAUGUGGAACUAUGAAGAUGGGGGAGAUCUCGCUUAUUUUGAUGGCCUUAGUGAAACUAUUCUUGCAGUGGGACUUGUAAAGCCAAAGGGAGGUAUCUUCCAGCCUCAUGUACGACACUUACUUGUCCUAGCUACCCCAGUGGAUAUUGUGAUUUUAGGGCUUAGUUGUGCUAAUAUACAAACAGGUACUGGAUCACUCAAUGACAGUAUGUCUGGUGGAAUGCAGCUGCUGCCAGACCCUCUCUAUUCGCUUCCUACUGACAAUACUUAUAUUCUGGCAAUAACAUCCACCGACAACGGGCGGAUCUUUUUGGCUGGAAAAGAUGGCUGCUUAUACGAAGUAGCAUACCAGGCUGAAGCAGGCUGGUUUAGCCAACGCUGUAGAAAAAUUAAUCAUUCCAAGAGUGCGCUGUCCUUCCUUAUUCCUUCAUUGCUGCAGUUCACUUUCUCAGAGGAUGAUCCUGUAGUUCAAAUUGCUAUCGACAACUCUCGAAAUAUUUUAUACACCCGCUCAGAAAAAGGAGUGCUACAAGUUUAUGAUUUGGGACAGGAUGGUCAAGGAAUGACCAGGGUUACUUCUCUUUCUCAAAAUGCUAUCGUUUCUGCUGCUGGAAGCAUUGCCAGAACAAUAGAUCGUUCUGUAUUUAAGCCUAUUGUUCAAAUAGCUGUGAUUGAAAAUUCUGAAUCCAUAGACUGUCAACUACUAGCAAUCACACAUGCGGGUGUCCGACUGUAUUUUAGUACUUCACAAUUUAAGCAUCCUGCAGCUCGUCCCUCCAUGUUAACCUUGGUUCAUGUCCGUUUGCCACCUGGAUUUUCAGCUUCUUCUAAUGUGGAGAAGCCUGCAAAAGUUCACAGAGCUCUUUAUAGCAAAGGGGUCCUUCUUAUGGCGGCUUCAGAAAAUGAGGAUAAUGACAUCCUGUGGUGUAUCAAUCAUGAUUCCUUCCCUUUUCAAAAGCCAAUGAUGGAAACACAGAUGACCACCCGUGUUGAUGGACAUUCCUGGGCUCUAUCUGCUAUUGAUGAAUUUAAAGUUCAGAAGAUUGUAACACCGCUAAAUAAAGACAUUGUUCCAAUAACUGAUUCACCUGUUGUUGUGCAACAACACAUGCUGCCACCCAAGAAGUUUGUUCUGCUUUCAGCCCAGGGGAGCUUUAUGUUUCAUAAAUUCAGACCUGUUGAUCAGCUGCGGCAUCUACUUGUUAGCAAUAUCGGUGGGGAUGGAGAGGAGAUUGAGAGAUUUUUCAAGUUGCAUCAGGAGGAUCAGGCCUGUGCCACUUGCCUUAUUUUGGCCUGUUCUAAUGCUGCAUGUGAUAGAGAAGUAUCUGCCUGGGCUACUCGAGCAUUCUUCAGGUAUGGUGGAGAAGCACAAAUGAGGUUUCCAUCAGCUCUGCCUCCUCCAAGCAAUGUUGGACCUAUUUUGGGUUCUCCUGUUUGUGCCAGUUCCCCUGUGGCUCUUGAUAGUCCAUAUCCUAACCUUAGCUUUUUGACAUCUGGUCAAGGUUUACAAUCUCCUACUAUGUCAACUGCCAUCUUUCCUUCUGGGAAUUCCAUGUCUCACCCUAGUCCAUCCAUUAGUGGAAUGAUGGGUCCUGAGAUAGUAUUUUCUGGAAGACACAACGGCAUCUGCAUAUACUUUGCUCGGAUUAUAGGAAAUAUUUGGGAUGGCAGUAUAGUUGUGGAGAGAGUUUUCAAAAGUGGCAAUCGAGAAGUUGUUGCAGUAGAAAGCAGUGUUCCAUCCCAUGUACUGGAAUGUGUACUGCAAGAACUCAAAGGUUUACAAGAAUUUCUGUAUAGAAAUUCACAGUUUGCUACAGUGGGAGCCCUUGGAAACCCAAGCACACCAGCCAAUCUGCAACAGAGGCUCCUGGGUUUCAUGCGGCCUGAUGGUGGAAGUUCCCAACAAGUCCAGCAAGAACUCCAGAGGAAAUACCAUGCUGAAGCACAGCUAACUGAGAAGAACUCUCUUCAAGGCAUCCAGCAGCUGGUUCGCAAAACCUGCCAGGCAUUAGCUUUGUGGAAGCUGCUCUGUGAGCACCAGUUCAGUGUUGUUGUUGGUGAACUUCAGAAGGAACUUCAAGAACAUCUGAAGAUUACUCCUUUCAAAGACUUGGUAAUUAGAGACAGAGAGUUGACUGGAGCACUCAUUGCUUCUCUAAUAAACUGUUAUAUCAGAGACAACGCUGCUGUGGAUGGCAUCAUUGCCCAUUUGCAAGAUAUCUGUCCUCUUCUUUACAGCACUGAUGACGCUGUGUGUUCCAAGGCAAAUGAGCUGCUUCAGCGGUCUCGACAGGCUCAAAGCAAGCUGGAAAAAGAGAAGAUGCUACGAGAGUCCCUGAAAGAGUACCAGAAGAUCAGCAAUCAAGUAGACCUUGCUAAUGUUUGUGCACAAUAUAGGCAAGUGCGUUUUUAUGAGGGAGUAGUAGAACUCUCUCUUACAGCCGCUGAGAAGAAAGAUCCCCAAGGUCUUGGCCUUCAUUUCUAUAAAAAUGGAGAACCAGAAGAGGAUGCUGUUGGACUCCAAGCUUUUCAAGAGAGAUUGAAUAGCUACAAGUGUAUCACUGACACCCUUCAGGAGUUAGUGAACCAAAGUAAAGCUGCUCCUCAGUCUCCCAGUGUACCCAAAAAGCCAGGUCCUCCGGUGCUGUCAUCUGACCCCAACAUGCUAAGCAAUGAAGAAGCAGGGCACCAUUUUGAACAGAUGCUGAAGUUGGCUCAGCGUUCAACAGAUGAACUCUUCAGUAUUGCACUUUACAACUGGUUGAUACAAGUUGACUUAGCAGACAAACUGUUACAGGUUACUGCUCCCUUUUUGGAACCGUACCUUGUGCGGAUGACCAAAAUCGACCAAAACAAAGUCCGUUAUAUGGAUUUACUGUGGAGAUACUUUGAAAAGAACAGAAAUUUUAGUAAUGCAGCCAGAGUCUUGGCUAAGUUAGCUGACCUGCACAGCACAGAAAUUGCUCUUCAGCAACGUCUUGAAUACAUUGCACGUGCCAUUUUGAGUGCCAAAAGUUCCACUGCCAUGUCCUCUAUAGCUGCAGAUGGUGAAUUCCUACAUGAGCUAGAAGAGAAAAUGGAAGUUGCAAGGAUCCAGCUUCAAAUACAAGAAACAUUACAGCGGCAGUAUUCCCAUCAUACUUCAGUGCAAGAUGCAAUCUCCCAGCUUGAUGCUGAGCUGAUGGAUAUAACAAAGCUGUAUGGCGAAUUUGCUGACCCUUUCAAGCUCUCAGAGUGUAAGCUUGCAAUUAUACAUUGUGCAGGUCAUUCUGAUCCUAUCUUGGUGCAAACUCUCUGGCAAGAAAUCAUUGAGAAAGAGUUGAGCGAUAGUGUGUCUCUGAGCCCCGCCGACAGAAUGCAAGCGCUUAGUCUGAAGAUGGUAUUGCUUGGGAAGAUAUAUGCUGGCACCCCUCGUUACUUUCCUUUAGAUUUUUUAGUGCAGUUCCUAGAGCAACAGGUCUGCACUUUGAACUGGGAUGUAGGUUUUGUAACAUACACCAUGCAAGAAAUUGGAGUGCCAUUGCCAAGGCUGCUGGAAGUAUAUGACCAGUUGUUUAAAGCACGGGAUCCAUACUGGAAUAGACUGAAAAAGCCUUUACACCUUUUAGAGUGUAUUCACAUACUAUUAUCAGGAUAUGUACAUGACCCAAGUAGAGUACUUCCAAGACGACGAUUCACCAAUGUUUGCUUGGAUGCUGUUAGUUGCUACCUGGUUGAACUUCAGUCCAUGAGCCCGACACUAACAGUGCAGACUACUAUUGGGAAUUUCAAAUCACUACAGGCUAAAUUAGAACGUGUUCACUGAUUUACUAAUACAAUAACAGUCAUUAGCUCAGAUAAAACAAAUUACAAAAUAGAAGUUCAGAUGUCUGCUGUGAAUCUCUGGAAGAACAAAUCCUCAGAAAUUCUGAGAAACUUGUAUCUCUUGCUGCAGUUACCAAUUAAUUGUGUGGCCUGUAUUCUGUUAUUCUAA